UCUUUUUCGUCCGUAUGUUCGCGGUCGUCUGUUCUCUCGCCGAAUGCAGUUCUUCUGUAGGAUUGAUACGAAGUGGGUGUAAACUGGUGAAGAUCAACGGGCAGGAGUAUUUUUUUCGAUCGCUUUUCGCUGAUACGCAGUUUAUAAAACGGGAUGUCCAUCAUCGGAGGAAUUAGCUUCCCGUUGGAGGUCGGCAAUGUGGACCCGGAUUGUACGAUCUGCCACGAGGAGCUUCAGUGGCCGGUGUUCUGCCCCCGGUGCAGACAGGGAACUUGCUUCGAGUGUUUGGAACAGUGGUUUCGUCAGAAAACGGAAUGUCCCUCCUGUCGCUACCUUUUCCAACUUAGCCAGGCUCAGGGGCUCCGCGCCAAGUACGGAUGUCCACAGGACGGCCGCCUGAUUGAAUUUUACUGCGAACAGUGCCUGGAAUGCUUCUGCGCAAAAUGCCGAGCUAAUACAGGGGGCAUCCAUUACAGGCACGCGGUAAGAUCCGUAGAUUUACUCCGAAAGGAUGUCGUUGAAUCGGUCAACAAGCUGGUCGUGAAACAUGCCCAAGACGACAAAGCCCAGCAGACGAUGACGAAAUUGAAAUCGCUGAUGCCAACCGGAAGCGUGUUCGAGUUGGUCCGGCAACGCAGGACUUUCCAGUCGGAGUUCGACCGUUUUCGAUCGGUCACAUUACUCGCUAAUUCGUUUGAAAGCAAAUUCCUGCUGACCAAUGUGUACGGAGAGAUGCAAAUCUUUACGGCGAAUGAUCCCCAGGGUAACGGUUGGGAGCUAACGGUCUACCCAAAUGGGUUUAGCGAUGCCAAAGGUAAAUUCAUAAGCCUUUAUUUAAGGCUGCUUCGCGGCAAACCGGGUCGCUAUGAGUACAAAUUUCAGAUUCUGGAAAAUACCGGCCUAAAGCCCUUCGAAGCUUACACCGCCGUGGACGACUUCUCGGUCGGAAGUCUAUCGUUGGCAUGCCAACGACUCGUACACUUGAACGAAGCACGCCAGCAUUGCUUGGCGGUCGGAAAGAGGGGCUACAAUAUGACGUUUUCUACCAAGCUGUUGAGUCCUGUUUAUGGGCUUGAAUGCGCAGCUGCUUUGGCGCGAAACAAACCACAACGCUUGGACUACCGAAAGUUUAUGUGGACCGUAAGUAAUUUCACAGCCAAAAAGGCUGCCAACAAGAUUGAGUUUUCCACAGUCAUGUAUGACCAUCAGAAAAUUUCAUGGAGAUUCCGUAUUGACUGUAAUGGCCACUGGGAGCAAGAUCAAUACGUUAGCGUAUUCUUGGAGCUCCUGAACGGUGCAGAAGGAUGGUUCGACAUUUAUCUGAAACUGUUCCAUCCAACCAACCCGGUCGUCGAGCAUAAGCGAGAACUAACGCACAAGUUCACCGUCCAUUCCAACUGGGGCGUUCCGCACUUUGUGAGUCACAUGGAUCUGUAUCGUUAUCUGUGCAACGAUGAGUUGCGGUUUGAGUUUGGAAUGCGACCUGCUCACUUUGACCGGGAAAUUUGAAUCCUUUCGCGCGUUGUGCAAUGUGUUCCUUAUAUGCAUCGUUUAUUAUUAUUUUAUCCUAAGCAUUGAACUGAACUGUAAACAUUCACAUUCUAUGUGAAAUAAACGAUACCAAGAUAAGUCGAAAA